GGGAUAUUUUAAUACAAAUUUUUAUUUGUCAUUUAUAUUUAUAAAUUGAAUGAUAUAUUAGUAGUGUUUUAACAAACGUGACUAUUUAUUAGUAUUUUCAUACGUAUAAUAUUAUACAUUCUUUACUAUCGGAUAUAUAGUUGCUACUGUUUUCUUUGUAGCAUUAUUAUUAUAUAAAAAAUAGAUAUUGUGAUUAUUAUUAAACUAUAUGUUUUAUACAGUAUGUGCAUGAUUGAAUAUAAAGUGUAACGAUUAAUCGGAUUAAUUAAAACGAUAAAAUGUCACAAAUGGAUAAUGAACCUUUAAAAUAUUAUAACCUCUCAACUGAGACUGAAUUUCAUUCUGUUUACAUACCACAUGAAAACAAUGAAUUAUUAAUAGAUAAUAAUACAGAAAAUUACCUUCAUAUUUAUACAAACAAAAUUGAUGCUUUAAAAGUAAUAAAGGAACAUAAAACAGGACGUUUGAAAACAUUUAAGUCUUAUUUGGAUGCUAAAGAAUAUGCUGUAAGUGGACAUGAACAAACAUACAACUGUGCCAAAAAUAGUGUUAAUGCAGGAACCCAUCCUGUAAUUGAAGAAAAACCAAAUAAUUUUAAAGCUCCUAAAUCUCAAGAUCUUAUUUGUUUUAAAAAAUUAAUAGAAAGUGGAGAUUUAAAUGCAGUUAAAGAUACAAUUUGGGCAAAUCCUAGGUAUUUAAUUGGCAGCGGAGAUACACCUGCAAUUUUACAAGAAGGCUGUCGGUAUAAUGCAUUGCACAUAGCUGUUAAAACUGGUAGAGCAGAUAUGUGUGAAUUGAUAUUAAACACUGUAGGAGAUACAGAAUUCAUACAAUUGUUUUAUGGCGAAGAAGGAAAUAGAAGCUAUGUGGACCGGGCAGAAAUUAUAUUAGAUUUAUAUUUAAAUACACCUGACAAAGGAUUAAAUGAGACACCUUUACAUUUUGCAGUUAAAUUUGGUUUCCGAGAUGUAGUUAAAGUUCUUGUUUCUUAUUCACAAUGUAUUAAAACUUUAACUAAUAAGUUCAAUCAAACACCUGCUAAUAUAAUAUGCAGUAGAAAGGGUCAAGAAAAUGAAUCUCUCAAAAAAGAAAUACAUAUGCUAUUAGAAGAACAAUUUUAUGUUCCUGUAUUAAGAGCUGAUGAUAAAACAAUGCAACCAACCAUCGGUGAACCAUUUUCUCCAACAAGCCCAUUGAAUUUAAAUAGGGAUCCUAUAAGUCCAUGUGUCAAGGUACGUGCAUUUGCUGGACCUAUGUCAAAGACACAAGCAAUAGAAUUUAGGAGAAAAUGGAAAACACCACCGCGUCGUUGUAAUACUCCUAUUAAGAGAGAUAUUCAAGAUAUAAAUAUUUUAAAUUCUUCCAAUGAAAAUUUAACAUUAAGACUUCAAGAUACAGAAAAGGGACUUGAACGUAUCGGACGAAAUCUUGCUGAAGAAUAUCAAGUAUCUUGGAAAGAAUAUUGGCAUUUCUUGAAUGAUUUUGCUGAUUUUCGUUGUGUCGACGGUUUGAUGAAGCUGGAAAAAUAUUUGGAACAAAGAUUUGCUAAACAGUCAUAUUAUUAUGAUAAAAAAACAACUAAUGAAUCCAGUAUAAAUGCACAACCAGAAUUCGUUGAGGAGCUCGAUAAAUUAUGCCUUAAAUUACAAUCAAUUUCGUUAUUGAACAAAUCCGAUGAAAAUGAUAAUGACGGAAAUUUAUUGAACCUAUCAGGAAUUACAGAUUUAUGGAACGAUUCACAAAAUAAACUUGACAUAAUAAAUAAUGUUGGUGCACAAUUUUUCACUCCACCAUCAACUCCACCAUUGAUAAAUUCUGAUUCAGAAGAUGAUAUGUAUAGUGCUGAAGAAGGCAGUACAUUGUUUAUUGAAAAGGACGUACCAACAAAAAUAGAUUAUGCUGUUUAUAAUGCUGUCUCGUCCCCUAUUGAUGUUAACAAAUACCCAAACAUUUAUCGUUGGCGACAUGAAAUGCAACUCGUUAUGAAACGUGAAAGUCCGCAAAGUCCUAAUGUAUGUACUAAUACAAUCAGAAGAAGAUUAUUGAUGAGUCCAUAAUAUGGAUGAUAUAAAGUACCAAAAGAAUUUGUGAUAAUUCUUAUUUUAAACGCACAAGAUCUAUAAAAUACAAAAUGUA